CCGCGCAUGCGCACCCCCUGCAGAACCCUGCACGGUCGAGGGAGACGGGAAAUAUGGCCCUCGAUCAUUUAAUUUUCGCUCAAUGUAUUCUUUAUUUUUUAGCCUUCGUGUUCGGGUUCAUCGCAGUGGUGCCUCUGUCUGAAAACACGGAGGACUUCGGGGGGAAAUGUUUGCUGUUCACGCGGGGCAUGUGGCAGAAUGAGAACAUCACGGUGUCGAAGCAGCGCUUCAUCGUGGAGGAGUGGGGAGCCGAGUCCUCCUGCAGCUUCAUCGCUUUUGUCGGGAUAGCCUCACUCAUAUUGUCCGCAGUGCAGGCCUGGAGGCUGCUCUUCUUCCUGUGCAAAGGACACGACGAUACGAGCUUUAAUGCCUUCCUCAACCUGCUGAUCAGCUCCUUGGUGGUCUUCACCGUCUUCCUGUCGAGCACCAUGGUCAGUGUGGGCUUCAACCUGUGGUGCGACUCCAUCACUGAAGGUGGCACCUUGCCCAGCAGCUGUGAAGACCUGCAGGACACUGACCUAGAACUGGGCCUGGACAACUCUACUUUCUAUGACCAGUUUGCUAUAGCACAGUUUGGCCUGUGGGCUGCGUGGCUCACCUGGCUGGCUAUCGCCGUGCUGGCGUUUCUCAAGGUCUUCCACAACUACAGACAAGAAGACCUGCUGGACAGCCUCAUCCAUGAGAAGGAUCUACUCCUCGGACGCUCCUCUCGCCGCAGCUCUGACCUCAAGACUGGCCUCAUCUAGAAAGCAAAGAAUGCGCACAAACAAACACCCGCUCUAUAGUCUAGACUGUCUUCUCUCCUGCCAUGAGAAACACCAAUGUUUGCCUCUGUCGACAAUCAAAAACAGUUGGCUUUUGCUCCCGUUGUGCAGAGUGUGAAUUGAAGGGUUUAACUUUGUUAUCUAGCUUAUUGAUUUCCCCUAAGAAAAUCCACCGACUGUUGUUAAUCCUUGCUUUAUAACAUCUAUUCCCCAAUGCAGUAUAUGGUCCUUCUUUUACCUGAUAGUAGAGCUAGUAUCUCACAGAAAAUGUACUCCCAGUUUAUCUUACUCAGAAAUGCAGUGUUAACAACUUGGACAUUUUGUCGAAUCAUGUCUUUGUGAACCUUAUGCAUGAAACCAAAUGCACGACAAAAUAAUAAUACAGUGGCUUUUAGAUCUGAAUGGAUCAUACACCUUGUUUUAUACACCAAUAAAUGUGACUUUUGUUUUAUUCUAGGUCCACACUUCAUCCUGCAUGCUGCAGCAACAAUAAUAAACCAGCGUGCUUUUGUGGUAUACUCGCACUUAUGAUAUAGUUGUACAAAAUAAUAAGUGUACUUCUGCAGUCGGUCCCAAAAUGCUUUUAGGAACUUGUGUCACACACUAUCUCAGGCUACCUGCUACUAUAUACUGUCAGCAUUUACAGUAAUAUAAAUAUUAUAUGCCAUAAAAGAAACCAAAAGAUGACUGCAUCAAUCUCACAAGAAAGUCAAUAACCAUUUGAUGAGUUUUAUUGAAAACAGCUGAAAUCACAAAACAGAAGGUACCAAAAAAACAGUCCAUAAAGGCACUUCUUACAAAGUGACCUGAAAUGCAGCGAAGGUAACUGUGCAUACACAUUUUUUCAUUACCAUUGGCAGCUUUGUUUACAAGAGUAUAGCCUCUUUGCUUCCAAACAAGUAUUAUAUAUAUGAGAUAUUGGUUUGACAAAAUCUACUUUCCCUGAAAUCCAUUACAUGAAGAACUAUGUUAUAAUGGUAAAUAUGGGAUACGAGUUAUUGCUCAUAAUGAGAGGUACAGUGUGAUUGUGUGCCUAUAAAUGCAUAUGGUGGUUUGAAUUAUGGUUUGAUAAAGAGGGCUGACAUAACAGCUGGUUCUAUUUGUCGUCUGUGUUUGGCCUCAAAA